AUGGAGUCCCCUCUACACGUCUGUUCCAUACAGAGAGGCCCGUACCGAAUCGGUACGGGACAGCAGAGCCACAGGAUUGUCAUCUUGAUGGGCCUCUUCGUCCUGGUGACCUUCCUCAUCCUGUAUGGCUCCAACAGUUUAAGCAAGAAAGCUGUAAGCAAGGAAACUGUAAGCAAGGAAGCCUACACUCCCUUCCAUGUGGCCACAAAUCACACUCUGGUGACAACAGAUCUGAAAAAGUGGGCUGGCAGAGAAGGAUAUGUUCCAGUCAGUGGAAACAAGAACAUGUCCCUGCACUGCCAUAACUGUGCACUGGUGACCAGCUCCAGCCACGUCCUGGGCACCAGAGCAGGAGAAGAGAUCGACCAUACCGAGUGCGUGAUCCGAAUGAAUGAUGCCCCCACCAUGGGGUAUGAGACUGACGUGGGGAGCCACACCACCCUGAGGGUGGUAGCCCACUCCAGUGUGUACGGGCUGGUCCACAGGCCUAAGGAGUUUCUGCAUCGGAUGGACAGCAAACCUACGAUCAUCUUCUGGGGACCCCCGAGCAAGAUCAGCAAGGAUUCAAAAGGAACCUUGUACAGAUUGAUCCAGAGAGUCAGCAUGACCUACAGCAGCCUGUCUUGUUUCAUUGUCACGCCCAGUAAGAUGCGCAAAUUUGACAAUCUAUUUCACAGGGAGACUGGACGAGACAGGCAGAAAUCCCACUCGUGGUUGAGCACAGGCUGGUUCACCAUGGUAAUAGCCAUUGAGAUCUGUGAUAAUAUCAAAGUUUACGGGAUGGUCCCACCCAAUCACUGCAUAAAAAAAUCUGGAUCCAAAAAGAUGCCCUACCAUUACUACAAGCCCCGGGGACCUGAUGAAUGUUUAACGUACCUGCAGAAUGAGAGCGGCCGAAGAGGGAGCCACCACCGCUUCAUCACAGAGAAACAAGUGUUUGCACGCUGGGCCAAGCAGUACAACAUCACCUUCACUCAUCCCAAGUGGUGAAGAGACUUCUGAAAGAGAGCUCUCUGAAUGCUUUGAGCUGGAUUUCACUGUUCCUUCCUUUUGAGUCGGAUUCAAAGAGACAAAUGAUGAAUGACGGCUUUCUUCAG